CCAUGGAAAUAAUUUGUAAACUGCAAACAAAAAGCAGAGGCCAAAAAUGGUGCAAAAAUGAACAAGAAAAACCCAUAAAUAAUAUGGAUUAAAGAGGGCCAAAAAAAGAAAAGAACAGUUAAUGAGUUUGAGGUGGUGAGCUGGGAACUUUAGCUGUUGUUAUUGCCGUUAGUGAUAAGCACGCCUGGCACUCCCAUCAUCAUCAUCAUUCCCUCCAACCCCUUUCAUUUCUCUCUCCCCUUUUUUCUUUCUCUCUCUCUCCAAUUCUUCAUCUUCUCCCAGCCCCACUUUCCUUUCUUUUCUUUUUCUCUGUCUCACUUUCUUUUUCCCUUCUCCUCCCACAGCCUUUUUUCUCUGCUCCAACCCUCCAAAAUUUUCUUUUUCAUUCUUUCUUUUGUUCUCCUUCGUUAGACUGGAUCUGGGUGCUGCUUCUUUCCCAUUUUCCUCUUCAUUUCCAGUGAUGGGUUUGAUCUGAUUCUUGGAUUUGUCUGCUAUGGUUGAACUUCACUGAUCUGGAUCGGUUUAGCGGGUUCUGUUGCCUGAUUUGCGCAAAGCACACCGCAGUUGGGUACAUGAUUAAGCUGUUAUUUCUGUUUCUAUCUUCAAGUCAAAAGAGUGAAACCAAAUAUUUAAAGCUGCAAAAACAGUAUGUCUGUUUCCAUGAGAGAUCUGGAUCCAGCUUUUCAGGGAGCUGGACAAAAGGCUGGACUUGAAAUAUGGCGCAUUGAAAACUUUCGUCCUGUUCCCGUGGCAAAGUCUGCUCAUGGUAAAUUUUUUACUGGGGAUUCCUAUGUGAUCUUUAAGACAACUGCCUUAAAAAGUGGAGCCUUGCGUCAUGAUAUCCAUUAUUGGCUUGGUAAAGAUACCUCUCAGGACGAAGCUGGUACGGCAGCCAUCAAGACAGUUGAACUUGAUGCAGCUCUUGGAGGACGUGCUGUUCAGUAUCGUGAAGUACAGGGCCAUGAAACUGAAAGGUUCCUAUCCUAUUUUAAGCCAUGUAUUAUACCUCAAGAAGGUGGAGUUUCAUCAGGAUUCAAACAUGCUGAGCCUGAAGAGCACAAGACACGGUUGUAUGUCUGCAAAGGAAAACAUGUUGUCCAUGUAAAAGAGAUUCCCUUUGCUCGAGCUUCACUCAACCAUGAUGACAUUUUUAUUCUGGAUACAAAGUCUAAGAUCUUCCAAUUUAAUGGUUCCAACUCAUCCAUUCAAGAGAGGGCUAAGGCAUUAGAAGUUGUUCAGUACAUUAAAGAUUCUUAUCAUGAUGGGAAAUGUGAGGUAGCUGCCAUUGAGGAUGGAAAAUUGAUGGCUGAUGCUGAAACUGGAGAAUUUUGGGGUUUCUUUGGUGGCUUUGCUCCACUUCCUAGGAAACCAGCUAGCGACGAGGAUAAGACUGUUGGUUCUCAUCCUACUAAGCUACUCUGCAUUGAGAAGGGCAAGGCAGAACCUGUUGAGGCUGAUGCUUUGACGAGGGACUUGCUAGACACAAAUAAAUGCUAUCUACUAGAUUGUGGGAUAGAAGUGUUUGUAUGGAUGGGGAGAAACACCUCUCUUGAUGAAAGAAAGAGUGCAAGCGGAGCUGCAGAAGAGCUAGUCCAUGGCUCUGAUCGACCAAAGUCUCACAUUAUUCGUGUAAUUGAGGGAUUUGAGACGGUGAUGUUCCGGUCCAAGUUUGAUUCAUGGCCUCAGACAACUGAUGUAGCUGUGUCAGAGGAUGGUAGAGGCAAAGUUGCAGCACUCCUAAAACGCCAAGGGGUUAACGUGAAGGGUUUGUUGAAAGCUGAUCCAGUCAAAGAAGAACCCCAACCAUACAUCGACUGCACUGGGAAUCUACAGGUUUGGCGUGUGAGUGGCGAGGAAAAGAUUCUCCUUCCAGCUUCUGAUCAGUCAAAAUUUUACAGUGGAGACUGCUAUAUCUUUCAGUAUUCAUAUCCAGGAGAAGACAGAGAGGAAUACCUUAUAGGAACAUGGUUUGGAAAGCAGAGUGUUGAGGGUGAAAGGGCUUCAGCUAUUUCACUGGCAAGCAAGAUGGUAGAGUCAUUGAAGUUUCUGCCUGCUCAGGCCCGCAUCUAUGAGGGAAAUGAACCAAUUCAGUUUUAUUCAAUCUUCCAGAGCUUCAUAGUUUUUAAGGGCGGUCUUAGUGACGGAUACAAAAAUUACAUUGCGGAGAGGGGAAUUCCAGAUGAGACAUAUAAAGAGGACGGCAUUGCAUUAUUUCGAGUCCAGGGCACUGGGCCUGAUAAUAUGCAAGCAAUACAAGUUGAAGCAGUUGCAUCAUCUUUGAAUUCUUCCUACUGUUAUAUUUUACAUAGCGACUCCACCAUCUUUACAUGGUGUGGAAGCCUCACAAGCUCGGAUAACCAGGAGCUGCUUGAGAGGCAACUUGAUCUGAUAAAGCCAAACUUACAGUCCAAAACACAAAAGGAAGGUGCUGAAUCUGACCAGUUUUGGGCUUUGUUAGGAGAAAAAUCUGAAUACCCCAGCCAAAAGAUUGUCAGGGAUGCUGAAAGUGAUUCUCAUCUAUUUUCUUGCAAUUUCUCAAAAGGAAAUUUGAAGGUGACAGAGAUAUAUAACUUCACCCAGGAUGAUUUGAUGACUGAAGAUAUAUUCAUCCUUGAUUGUCACUCAGAGAUCUUUGUCUGGGUUGGCCAAAAUGUUGAUUCCAAGAGCAGAGUGCAUGCUUUAACUAUAGGGGAGAAUUUUCUUGAGCAUGAUUUUCUUCUAGAAAAGUUAUCUCGUGAAGCUCCUAUAUAUAUUGUCAUGGAAGGGAGUGAGCCACCUUUCUUCACGCGCUUCUUCAAUUGGGACUCUGCAAAAUCUUCUAUGCUUGGGAACUCAUUCCAAAGGAAACUUACCUUGGUGAAAACUGGGGGUACUCCAACUGUUGAUAAACCCAAACGGAGAACACCUGUAUCUUAUGGAGGAAGGUCUAGUGUCCCCGAAAAAUCACAACGUUCCAGAAGCAUGUCUUUCAGUCCUGACCGAGUUCGUGUGAGGGGCAGGUCUCCAGCUUUCAAUGCACUAGCAGCUACUUUUGAGAACCCUAAUGCCAGAAACCUUUCAACUCCACCCCCAGUUGUGAGAAAGCUCUACCCAAGAUCUGUGACCCCGGAUUCAGCUUCCAAAUCUGCAGCUAUAGCAGCACUAACUGCCACUUUUGAACAGCCGCCACCAGCACGAGAAGCUAUUAUACCUCGAUCUGUCAAGGUGAGCCCGCCUGCCCAGAAACAAAAACCAGACACAAAUGAUAAGGAGAAUUCAAUGAGCAGCAGAAUAGGAUCCCUUACUAUUCAGGAAGAUGUGAAAGAGGGUGAAGCUGAAGAUGAGGAAGGUCUCCCUAUAUUCCCAUAUGAACGCCUGAAAAUAAUAUCAACAGAUCCUGUUUCAGAAAUUGACGUGACCAAGCGAGAGACUUAUCUGUCAUCAGAGGAAUUCAGGGAGAAAUUUGGUAUGAAGAAGGAAGCCUUUUACAAGUUGCCCAAAUGGAAACAGAACAAGCUCAAAAUGGCCCUUCAAUUAUUCUGAGUCUCCUUUGUUCACUGCCUUUUCUUCAGCUCCCUGCAGUUUUGGUUGCAGGUGGAUGAAAGCUUGCGUGCGAAUCUUGGGGGAACUCAAUUCUCAGGAGUGAAAGGGACAGCAUCAGUGCAUUUUUAGCUGCUUCUGCUCCCAAGAGGCUUGUUUCAAUGAUUGAUGGACACUAUCAGAGAUUCACCACCCGCCCCCACCCCU